GUCCUGCUCUGUCCACUAGGUGGGCUAGGAGCCCAGGAGGUGUGUCCGGCCUGGGUGGUCGCAGGGGUCAGGGGCAGGCAGCUGAGGCUCCUGUCUGUCCUGCCGAGCCAGGCAAAGCUGGUGCUAUUAAUAUUAGGUGCAGGCCCAGCAGUGAUCCUCUUAGGCCCUCGUCUGGCAGGUCCCUGAGCCUCUCCGGCCUAAAACCCAACCUGCUGCCCUUCAGCUAUGGAGGGCCGACGAGGGGCGUCUGAGUAUCUAGGCAGCCCCAGGAGGCUGCUGAGGGUCUGAGAGGGCGCACACACCUGUGUCAGCCAUGAACAGCCCCCCAACUUACCCUGGCAUCAGGAUCUCGGGGUGUUGGGCCCUAGGAGCAGAAAGCAGCAGCAAUGCCGAGUCCCUGGACAGACUGCUGCCACCUGUGGGCGCUGGCCGCUCACCUCGGAAGCGUACCACCAGCCAGUGCAAGUCAGAGCCACCGCUGCUGCGCACCAGCAAGAGGACCAUCUACACAGCCGGCCGGCCACCGUGGUACAAUGAGCAUGGCACUCAGUCCAAGGAAGCUUUCGCCAUCGGCCUGGGAGGAGGCAGUGCCUCUGGAAAGACCACAGUGGCCAGGAUGAUCAUCGAGGCCCUGGACGUGCCCUGGGUGGUACUGCUGUCCAUGGACUCCUUCUACAAGGUGCUGACCCAGCAGCAGCAGGAGCAGGCCGCCCGCAAUGACUUCAACUUUGACCACCCUGAUGCUUUUGACUUUGACCUCAUCAUCUCCACCCUCAAGAAACUCAAGCAGGGCAAGAGCGUCAAGGUGCCCGUCUAUGACUUCACCACGCACAGCCGCAAGAAGGACUGGAAGACUCUGUAUGGCGCCAACGUCAUCAUCUUUGAGGGCAUCAUGGCCUUCGCGGACAAAACGCUGCUGGAGCUCCUGGACAUGAAGAUCUUUGUGGACACUGACUCAGACAUUCGCCUGGUGCGGCGGCUACGUCGUGAUAUUGGGGAGCGGGGCCGUGACAUUGAGGGUGUUAUCAAGCAGUACAAUAAGUUUGUAAAACCAGCCUUUGACCAAUACAUCCAGCCUACCAUGCGCCUGGCUGACAUCGUGGUGCCCAGAGGGAGCGGGAACACAGUGGCCAUCGACCUGAUAGUGCAGCAUGUGCACAGCCAGCUGGAAGAGAGGAAGCUGCGUUGGGAUCUGGCUGCGCUGGCCUCGGCGCACCAGUACCACCCACUACCCCGCACACUGAGUGUUCUGGAGAGCUCGCCACAGGUGCGGGGCAUGCAUACCAUCAUCAGGGACAAGGAGACCAGCCGUGACGAGUUCAUCUUCUACUCCAAGCGGCUCAUGCGCCUGCUCAUUGAGCACGCACUGUCCUUCCUGCCCUUCCAGGAUUGUGUGGUGCAGACUCCACAAGGGCAGGACUACGCUGGCAAGUGCUAUGCAGGGAAGCAGAUCACAGGCGUAUCCAUCCUGCGGGCGGGUGAGACCAUGGAGCCCGCACUGCGUGCUGUGUGCAAAGACGUGCGCAUUGGCACCAUCCUCAUCCAGACCAACCCACUCACCGGAGAGCCUGAGCUGCACUACCUGCGGCUGCCCAAGGACAUCAGUGAUGACCACGUGAUCCUGAUGGACUGCACUGUGUCCACGGGUGCUGCAGCCAUGAUGGCAGUGCGUGUGCUCCUGGACCAUGAUGUGCCGGAGGACAAGAUCUUCCUGCUGUCGCUGCUCAUGGCAGAGAUGGGCGUCCACUCGGUGGCCUAUGCCUUCCCCAGCGUGCGCAUCAUCACCACGGCUGUGGACAAGCGCGUCAAUGACCUGUUCCGGAUCAUUCCUGGCAUCGGGAACUUCGGCGACCGCUACUUUGGCACAGACGCAGUCCCUGAUGGCAGCGAUGAGGAAGAAGUGGCCUCAAUGGGCUGACCCACCUGUCCCCUGGCUACUCCUUGUCUGGGCCAGGUGAAAGCUCAGUCUGGUGUUAUGGCUGUCCACAAUGCAGUGUGCCUGGUGUGUUUUACAAAACCAAUAAAAGUUCCAGGGAUGCA